AUCUUUUUGGACUAAGUUGUCAUUUUUCCAAGCAAAGACAUGUUUGGUCUUUUCAAAUGAUCACUUAGUUGCUAAUGAUAAUUUUUUAAAAAUAAACAUUAUUUGGGCUGUAAGUGACAUUUUUUCUUCUAGAAGUACUAAAAUUGUCACAGUGACUGAUGCAAAGUAUUACUAUCAGCCCUCUCGACACAAAAACACACAGACACAGAAACCCCCCUCUCUUUCUUUUCACUUUCUCUCUCUAGAAGCGAUGACGAGCCCUUCUGCUUCUUCUCGCAAGGCGCUGAGCAAGAUCGCAACAAAUCGUCUCCAGAAGGAGCUAAUGGAGUGGCAGGUCAAUCCACCUGCUGGAUUCAAACACAAAGUCACUGAUAAUCUCCAAAGAUGGGUAAUUGAGGUCAACGGCGCACCCGGGACUUUGUAUUCUAAUGAAACGUUCCAGCUGCAAGUUGAUUUUCCUGAGCAUUACCCCAUGGAAGCGCCACAGGUUAUUUUUAUUCCUCCAGCUCCACUUCAUCCACACAUUUAUAGCAAUGGCCAUAUUUGUUUAGAUAUCUUGUACGAUUCAUGGUCACCCGCCAUGACCGUGAGCUCUGUAUGCAUCAGCAUCCUCUCCAUGCUAUCAAGCUCUUCUACCAAGCAACGUCCAAAUGACGACGAACGCUACGUGAAGAAUUGUAGGAAUGGGAGGUCUCCCAAGGAGACGAGAUGGUGGUUCCAUGAUGAUAAAGUAUAAUGGAUUAUUAAUGAGGAAAACUUUGUAAAACAAAGUCCAAUCUUUCUCUUUGAUUUAAAACCUCAUGAGGUUUAGAAAGGAUGGAUAUGGUUCCCUUUCCUUUUUCGUGUCUUAAAAAAAAACUAAGAUAAACUUUAUAUUUAAAACAGUUUCUAACUUAAGAGAAGAUUUGGGUGAAAAUUGAAUGGCUUAUCUUAUGUACUUGUAAAGUGGUAAGCAUUUAUUUCUUUUGGCAUGAAAAUGCAAGCUCACAAAAGUUUUAUAGUAUUAUUAUUAUUAUUAUUAUUAUCUUAUGUACUUGUAAAGUG